AUGGCCAAACAGGCCCUAAGCUUCUCUCUUGAAGGGUUUUUGAGCUUAGAUUCUUUACUCCCAGUAAAUCAAGCUUUGAGUACCUGGGAAUCUGGUUCAAGGAUGACAAAAACAAAAGACCGGUUUGAGUUGUAUGAUGGGAACCUGGUCAUGAGUGAUAUAAUGUUGAUUCCAUAUAUUGGCAAGCCCAUCCAUGCAUAUGGAAUAAGAAAGCAGUAUCUUACAUCAUGGUUAAGCCCCUCUGAUCCAAACAAAGGUUUUUAUUAUCUAGGUCUUGAUUAUUUAGACAUGACAAAAUCCAAUGUCUUGUCCCAAGAUAAUGUUUACCAGCAAAUUGGCUUCUGCCAAGUAGGCACGGGAGAAGUUCACACAUCAUCAACAUCCCAGUUAAGCACAAAAAAUGAUGAUCCUAGUGGAGCAAACCUUAUUGACCCUAGUAGGAAGAAAGAUCAUGAGCUUCCCCAGCUUAGCAUUUCAAGUGUAGUGGCAAACACUGAUCACUUCUCCGUUUUGAGUAAUCUUGGAGAGGGUGGGUUUGGACCUGUUUAUAAGCUACAAUGGUAUGAAAUUGCAGUGAAAAGGCUGUCAAACAAUUCUAGACAAGGAUUAGAAGAAUUCAAGAAUGAGGUAGAGUUAACUUCUAAGCUGCAGGCCAGAAAUCUUGUCAAGCUUCUAGAUCCAAUUAAAUGGCGACUACUAGAUUGGAGAAAGCGCAAACACAUCAUCAAAGGAAUUGCUCAAGGUCUUCUUUAUUUUCACAAUGGUUACAUGUUUCCGAAGUAUGCAAUGCAUAGACUUUACUUGAGAAAAUCUGAUGUAUUUAGCUUCAGAGUGAUUUUGUUGGAGAUUGUAAGUGGCAGGAAGAGUGCAACCUUUUAUGAGCCAAAUUGCUCAAUGAACUUACUGGUGGGUCUGUUGUGUGUUCAAGAAAACGCAGAGGACCGGCCAAAGAUAUCAGAUGUCGUAUUGAUGUUCAGCAGUGAAAGGGAGUGUUUAUCUAGGCCUAAACAGCUUGCAUAUUCUACUCUUCUAAAUGCUGUAGAUGGUUCAUUUUCAAGAAAACAUACACCUUCUCCGAAUCUUGUAUCAAUUUCACUAGUAGAAGCAAGAUAG